AUUUAAACCAAUCGCGCUCCACUAAGAACUGCGAUUGGCCGUCGCCGUUCCACCCACGACCACCCCGCAUGCGCGCCGUUGGGAGCGACAAACGGAGCGUGUUUACAAGUUUGGCCGUGUAAAUGUUUUCGUGAGAACAACUCGCCAGGCGUCUGAGCAGUUUGAGUCUGCGGGACUCCCUCCCCUGAGGUCAUUUCCCAUGAAGAUCCGCUUUUCCCCGCUCAAAGUCCCGCUGGGGCGAAGACUGCAGACCGCAGCCGUGCUGCAAUGGAUCUUCUCCUUCCUGGGGUUAGCCCAAUGUUGUCUCGCCGCCUUCAUCCUCCUGUCUCUGUCCGCCUGGUGGAUGGUGGCAUUUCUGUACGCCGGCUGGCUGUGGCUGGACCGGGACACGCCCAACCGCGGAGGUCGCCGGUGCCAGUGGAUCCAGCGCUGGAGCGUGUGGGAACAUUUCCGCGACUACUUUCCCGUAAAGCUGGUGAAAACGGUCGACCUGGACCCUGACAAGAACUACAUAUUUGGAUUUCAUCCACACGGCGUGCUGGCCACCGGGGCGUUCUGUAACUUCUGCACUGAGUCCACGGGUUUCUCCAGUCUUUUUCCUGGACUGAAGUCUCACCUGCUCAUGUUUCCCUUCUGGUUCCGAGUGCCGAUCUUCAGAGAUUAUAUCAUGUGUGGAGGUCUGGUGUCAAGCUCCAAGUCCGGCCUCUCCUACCUGCUGAGUCGUCCUCAAGGAGGAAACGUUGCCGUCAUUGCAGUGGGCGGAGCUCCAGAAGCGCUGGAUGCUCGCCCGGGAGCUUUGAUGUUACAGCUGCGGAAAAGGAAGGGCUUCAUCAAACUGGCGCUGAGACACGGAGCUCAACUGGUUCCCGUCAUUUCAUUUGGAGAAAACGAGCUGUUUGAUCAGAUUCGGAACCCGACCGGCUCUCCUCUCAGGACACUCCAGGACCGCCUGCAAAGCAUUAUGGGAAUAGCGCUGCCUUUGAUCAACGGCAGAGGAGUCUUCCAGUACAGCUUCGGGCUGUUGCCACACAGGAAGGCAAUACUCACAGUCGUCGGGAAGCCCAUCCCGGUUGCAACUAGUCCCAACCCGAGCAGUGAGGACAUCGACGCGCUUCAUGAAGUCUACCUGGAGCAUCUCAGCAAGCUGUUUGAGCGGCACAAACACCAAUACGGACACAAGAGAAGCCUCUUGACGCACGCGCAGUGACGCAAGCGCUUGAAGCCGCAGCUGACUGAACGAGCGAAGAAGAAAAGUGGAGGAGA